AUGACUUCCACCACUUCCCUCCCAGCUUGGAGCUGGAGUGACACGAUUCAUAAAAGGCCGUUGCAUGGUGAGCGGAUCGGCCAUGUCUCGCACCAAGGUGAUCUUCUACUCUCAGCGAUUCGCCGCUGGCGGAGUACCCAGAAGUUCGGAAUGGACUCCAAGCCCGUCUCUCAGCUCCGGCCGAAACCAGGGCCAUAUUCUGUGGUCCAUGGAACCAAGGAGGCUCUCAGACGCCUCUGCGAGCUCUGCCAGACUGAGCUCCCGCGGGCCGUCUUCCCCCUCGCCAAAAAUGCUAGCAUCGUUUCCGGCUCGGGAAAAGGAGACGAAGUGCACUUUCCCACCCCCUUCAAAGAGCAGGAUGCCACAGCAGCCAUCAAGGCUCUCGAGGCUUGUCUGGCUGCCGCCAUAGCUGAUCUCCGGUUCGGACCUACGAGCAGGAAGCUUCAGGUUGACACCGACAAGGUAUCGACCUUCUUGAUGUCCGCCUACCUUACAACGCUCGACGGCAUGGACAAGGCAGAUCCGGCAAUCAGGGAUAAGAUACCGGAUACCGACUUGAACCAGGCACAAUCAGUGCUGUACCGGCGGAUGUCAGCCAAUCUAUACCGCACCAAGAACCCGGGCGAGUACUACCACAUCCAUGGCUCCCUCGACGCCGACGUGACUCUCCAGAUGCUCGGCCUGCCCAAGCACAAUCCCGACCUAACCGAUUACCGUGCCAUCAUUGACUACAUCGAGGGCGCCGUCAUGAAGCACACGGCCGCCGAGCUGGACGAUCUCAACCUGUCUCACCGCCAAGCCGGCAUCCAGGCCUUGACGUGGGAACAGUUCCAAAAAACCCCUCACGGGCGUGUCCUUGGCCGGCUACCCCCCUUGACCGUCCGCCCAAACCCCUCCGACACCUCAAGCCCGCCCGCCGCCUUCCCCCCGGGCCAAAACCCAACCGGGAAGCCCCGUGGCGCGCUGGAGGGCGUCAAAGUUCUCGAGCUGUGCCGGAUCAUCGCGGGCCCGACCAUCGGGCGGUCGCUAGCCGCCCACGGCGCCACCGUGCUCAAGGUGACGUGCCCGCAUUUGCCGGAUGUGCCCUUUUUCCAGCUCGACGUCAACACGGGCAAGCACGCCAUUCACCUGGACUUGGCACCACCAUCACCCGCCACGACAGCGGACGCGGAGGGGGACAGAAACAGGGAGGAGAGGGCGAGAAGGGAGAGGGACAGGGCCGUGUUUGCCGCGCUACUGCGCGACGCCGACGUGCUCAUCGAUGGGUACCGCCCCGGCGCGCUGGCGCGGUUGGGGUACGGGCCGGAUGUCCUCGGGCGGAUCGCUCGGGAGCGCGGAAAGGGGUAUGUCUAUGUCGUGGAAGACUGUUUUGGCGGAAGUGACGACAUUGCUCAGAAAGAAACUGCAGCCGCGGAAUGGGCAUCCCGGGCCGGGUGGCAGCAGAUAGCCGACUGCGUCACGGGCGUCGCUUGGGCGCAGGGCGCCUUCAUGGGGUUGGACGAGCCCGUCGUCCCCCCUUUCCCCAUGUCCGACUACGGCACGGGCGCGCUGGGCUGCGUGGCCGCCCUUACGGGGCUGCACCACCGCGCCACGAGGGGAGGGUCGUGGGUGUGUCGGACUAGCCUGUGUCAGUACGACUGUUUUGUCAUGGGGCUGGGUCUGCUCCCCGCCGAGGAGCAGGCUCGGUUGAGGUCGGUGUUUGGUGGUGGUGGUCACGACGCGGAUAAGGAUGGGGAUGACGAGGGGAACUUCUUUGCCCUGAGGCAUAGCGACUCUGUGGACGAGGUCGGGAAGCGUGCGCUGGCGAGCGUGCGGCGUGCCGUCCCGUACUUGUUUGAAGGAAAGGGGAUGAUGCGAGAAGCAUGGAGCGAAGGGUUCAAGGGGAUCGUGAGGUGGCCGAGCGAGCCGGUGCAGAUUGAGGGGCUGAGUGUUGGGCAUGUGAGGACCGCGAGGCCGAAUGGCUAUGACGGGGCUUUUAAAGCCUGGGAGGGUUGGGAGGAAGACGAGAUUUGCGAGGUGUGA